GAGCACCUGGUGGGUUCACACCUCUGACCUUUCAGUUAGCAGCCAAACAUUUAAACCACUGUGCCACCAUAGAAAAUAAACAAAAUACCCAUUGCUGUCCAAUCGAUUUUGACUCAUAGCAACCCUAUAGAAGUGAGGAAGAAGAAGGUGUGAAUACAGAGGAACAAAGGAAAUUGGAGGAGGAGGAGGCCACACGGAUUCCGGGACCAUCUCAUGGCACAACUCCAGAUGUAAAGAUACAUCCCAGUCCUUCAAUGGAGAAGAAGGGCAAGCCAAUGAACCACUAUGAAUCCCAGUGUGGUUGUCUGCCACUGAAGACAUUAAGAGGAAGAGGAAGUGAAAAAGAAGGAAGAAGAGUGUAGUAGUAAUAAAAUAACUGUUCAGUGCUUACUACAUGGCAGGUAUUCUUCUAAACACUUUGCAUGUAUUCACUCAUUGAAGCCUCACAAAACCUCUGAGUUAGACACUGCUAUUAUCCCACCCACAUGUGAGUUAACUUAGACAAAGAGGCUGAAUAACUUUCCCAAGAUUCCAGCCAACCAAUCAACCAGUUGUCGUCAAGUCGACUCUGACUCAUAUGGCGACCCCAGGCAUGUCACAACAGAACUGUGCUCCGUAGGGUUUUCAGUGGCUCAGUUUUCAGAAGUAGAUCACCAGGCCUUCUGUGAUGCCUCUGGAUAGACUCGAACUUGCAACCUUUGUUUAGCGGUAGAACAAGUUACUUGUUUGCACCACCCAGGGACUCCUUCCCAAGGUUACAUAGCUUGUUCCUGGCAGAAUCGGGAGAAUCACUGAAAAACAACUUCAUUUCAAAAGAUUCUACACAUAUUUUAAAAAUAUGCUUCUUAGUCUGAAAGUGAAACUAAUGGGUGGAAAUAAUUAAAAUGUAAGAAAGGGAAAUUUGGAAAAAGGCCCCUGUGUGCUCUGCCAGUCUUAUCCUUACUUGGAGCUGGUGUGGACUUUAGUGAAGGCAUCAGCAGUGAAGAGACUCUGGCCAUUAGCGUAGAAUUUGCUACUCUUGUUUCUCAGCUUCCUCUGGCUCUUCUCAUUCCUCCUUGUUUCUUGGUCUGCUCUCCAGGCUGAAGUGUCCUCUACCAUGUUUCCAUUGCAAGGAGCCCAGAUGCUGCAAAAGCUGGAGAAUUCCUUGAGGAAGAGCCUUCCUGAAUCUUUAAAGGUUUAUGGGACCGUCUUCCAUAUGAACCAGGGAAACCCAUUCAAGUUAAAGGCCUUAGUGGACAAGUGGCCAGAUUUUAAUACAGUGGUUGUCCGCCCUCAGGAACAGGAGAUGACAGAUGAUCUUGAUCACUACACCAAUACUUACCAAAUCUACUCCAAGGAUCCCAAGAACUGCCUGAAAUUCCUCGACCCACCAGAAGUCAUCAACUGGAAACAACAUUUGCAGAUCCAGAGUUCACAGUCCAGCCUGAAUGAGGUGAUACAAAGUCUUGCAGCUACUAAACGGUUCGAGGUCAAGCACACACAACGCAUCCUCUAUAUGGCGCCUGAGACACUGAGGAAACUGGUUCCUUCUUUGCUGGAUGCAAAGAACUUAUCACCCGUGAGUGGCAGAACCAAGGCCAUGUGAGUGUGAUAAAAGUUACUCUGCAUUACAUGUACCUCUGACUACUAAAGGAGCCCCCUAACUUCUUUCCCUGCUUUCUGCUUCAAGGCUAUCAAAUCAGGCCUCUGUCUACUUCUUCAACCUGUCUUGUCCUUUCUGCUCAUUCCCUCCAACAACACUGGCCUUCUUUCUGUUUUUCUGUUACCACACGCUCAUCCAUACUCCAGGACUUUGCACUUGCUAUUUCCUCUGCCUGCUCUGUCUCUCAAGACAAUAGCGGUAAGAGCAAUUGUAAAACUUCAUAAAACCUGUUGCCGUCAAGUGGAUUCCAACUCAUGGUGACCCCAUGUGUUACAGAGUAGAACUGUACUCCAUCUGAUCACCAAGUCUUUUUCCUGAAUCGCUGUUGAGUGAAUUCGAGCCACCAAUCUUUUGGUUAGCAGCUGAGUGCACUACCAGGGCUCCUUACAAAAUUCAUACUCAUGAGCUUUCCUUUUCUCUUGGCCUCUCCACAGCAACCAAGAGCUGUUUAAGCCCUCAUCGUUGGAUGUCACCCACGCUGCCUUAGUGAAUAAAG